CAAAAUACUAACACUGUCAAUAAUAAACCCAAACCGCUCAAGUUCUCUGCUGUCCCAAUGGCCAAACCACUCUCCCUCCCUUUGUAUGAAAGAGUCUCUUGUAAAGGCAUCAUGAUCAGGCGAACCUUGGAUGUCACCGUCUUCUGCCUUUUACUCUCUCUCCUCGCUUAUCGCCUCCGUUCCCUCAGCAAUCAAGGAUUCACUUGGCUCCUCGCCUUUCUAUGUGAGUCAUGGUUUGCUUUUUUAUGGCUUCUCAACCUUAGCACUAGAUGGAAUCCCGUUGAGUACAAAACAUACCCUGAAAAUCUCUUGCCACGGUCACUUGGGCUUCCCCCUAUAGAUAUGUUUGUAACGACUGCAGACCCCGUGCUUGAACCGCCCUUGGUAACAGUAAACACUGUUCUCUCUUUGUUGGCAGUGGAUUAUCCAGCUGAAAAGCUAGCUUGCUAUGUAUCAGACGAUGGUUGCUCCCCUCUCACCUUCUACUCUCUUGUUGAAGCAUCAAAGUUUGCUAAGCUUUGGGUUCCGUUUUGUAAGAAGUAUAGCAUUCAAAUCAGAGCCCCCUUUCAAUACUUCUCCGCCAAGUCCCUGCCUCCUGUUGAUGGCUUAUCAGGUUUCGAACUGGAAUGGAAAAAGAUGAAGGAUGAGUACGAGCAUCUUUGUCGAAAGAUAGAAGAUGCAGUCCACAAGUUGAUGCUGGGUCCCCAUUCCACUGAAUAUGCGGUCUUCAAGAACAUAGAGCGUGACAAUCAUCCAAGUAUUGUCAAGGUUAUAUUCGAAAACAAGGAAGAUCAUUCAAGUUGUUUGCCUCAUCUAGUUUACGUUUCCAGAGAGAAACGUCCAAAUCAUCCACAUCAUUUUAAAGCCGGUGCCAUGAAUGUUUUGCAGACCAGAGUCUCAGGAGUGAUGACCAAUGCUCCCUUUAUGUUGAAUGUGGACUGCGACAUGUUUGCCAGCAAUCCAAAGAUCAUUCUCCAUGCCGUUUGCUUACUAGUAGGCGUCGACGAUGAACAAGAAUGUGCCUUUGUUCAAUGUCCUCAGAUAUUCUACGAUGCUUUGAAAGACGAUCCUUUUGGAAACCGAAUGACAGUUCCUUUCACUAUUUUCGUAGGCGGGAUGGCUGGGAUACAAGGGCCUCCCUAUGCUGGAACUGGAUGUUUCCACAGACGUAAAGCUAUAUACGGAUUACCCCCAAAUCAUGAUUUUGAUAUCAAAGAUUGCAAAAUAUUGGAAGAAAGAUUUGGAAAAUCCACCGAGUUCAGCGAGUCAGUGGCUGAAAUCCUGUUUGGGUCAGGAGAAAAACAUUUUCCAUGUGAUAUUUCAAGCAUCACUGGGUCAGCAUGCAGAGUUGCUAAUUGUAGCUACGAGAAUAAUACUUGCUGGGGAAUAGAGGUGGGAUUGACGUAUGGAUCUGUAACAGAAGAUGUUCUAACAGGAUUAAGGAUCCAUACAAUGGGUUGGAAAUCUGUUUUGCUGAUGCCCAGUCCACCGGCAUUUAUGGGCUGUGCACCUCCAGGUGGACCCGUCUCAAUGACACAAAUGAAGAGAUGGGGUACAGGCCUGCUUGAGGUUCUCUUCAGCAAACAUUCUCCCAUUCUUUCAGCCUUCAGCACUAAGCUCCAUUUUAGGCAGGCUUUAGCCUAUCUGCAAAUUGUUAUGUGGGCUUCACGCUCCAUUCCUCAGUUCUGUUAUAAUAUGCUAUCCGCCUAUUGCAUCACCACCAACUCUCAAUUCUUGCCUAAGGUCAUAACCAUUGCACUAUCAUGCAUUAGAACAAUUGAUGCGGAGCAAAUGCCUUGUCUGCUUCGAUUUUUACUGCUCUCUGCCACACAAGUAAAUGUUCGAAGAAUAAUCUCACAAAUACGUGAGCAUUUAAAGUUUCUCAGUGUGCCAAAUACUCACACAUUGCAAAAAAAUAAACUCAAAGGGAAGUUGCUUGUUGACAACACAGAGGCAUCUAUUCUAGAUGCCUUGAGAUCUAGUCUUCAAUUUAAGAGUAUACUCUGUCAGGAGAUUUUGAAGGAAUUGAAUGGCCUUGAGAAACCUCGAGAUCACAAAAUCAUAGACAUAUGGUUGCUUGUGCUAUUGUACACAAAUGGUGAGUCCAUGCGAAAAAGCAUUGAGAAGGUAUUUAAGAAGAAAGUUAUUGAAGGUUGCAUUCAGGAAGUUAUGCUUGAUCAGUGCAUUUAUGGGAACAAGGAACUGGCAAAGGAAUAUUUCCUGUCCUUGCUUUCUUUAUCUGAGUACCUAUUGGCAUGCAAAGAACAAAAGGCAAGGGAUUUUGGCAUUUACAUGUAUACUCUUCUUUUUGAAGAGUUUGCUGAUACUUAUUCAAGACAGGAAGUUCUUGGUGCACUAGUCACUCAUGUGGGCUCUGGUGUCAAGUCUGAAGUAAGUUCUGCUCUGCAGGUUAUGGCUUCACUGGCCACAAAACAUGCACAGGAAUUAAUUCCACUUUCUUCUCAUAUAAAUGGAAUCUUGGACUACUUGGAGGGACUGACUGUUGAAAAUCUUCAUAAGGUUUACGAGGUCUUCAGCCAUAUGGCACUGCUAGCUCGCUCUAGUUCUGACUGUUUUGGCUCUUCCAUUGCAAAUGAACUCUUGAUAAUUGUUCAAAAGCAGCAUCACCCUGCAAUUGGGCAGGUCAGCCAUCCGGAUCUGAAGUACAAAAAGAUGGGCCUCAUUGGAAUCUUGAAAAUUGUUUCAUGUCUUGGGGAUGCAAGUAAUGUCACAUUAUCAUCACCUUUUCAGAAAUCAAAUACUGAGGAGGCCUUGGAGCUCCUUGAAACAUCCCUGGAAUCUUGCAAACAGUUGUGCUUAUCAUUGAUCUUCUUUUACGAUGAACUGACUGCAAUUUUGGAAAGUAGAACUCUUCACACUGUCAUCGUGGACUGGAUUGGCAAGCAUGUAGGAGAAUUUGAAUCUAUUUUCCUGUCUGAUCUUGAUGGUGGCCAAUUGCCUAGCAGGAAUUCAUAUUGUGGUUUAGAAGGGGAGCUAUGGAUGAACUUGGAUGGUGAAAUAUCUCCUAUUUGUCUGAACAUUCUGCCAUUAGCUUCUUCUUCGCAGUCUGCUUGUUUGCAAUUUCUUCCUGCUAACUUUCAUUUACUAUCAGCUGUUGAAAGGUUGACAAAUCAAGGAUCUCUUGGUGGAAUUGAUGCAUUACUUGGCUGUCCUUUGCUCCUUCCCUCGUCUAAGUACUACUCAGAAGCUGAAUGGCUGUCUUUGACAGGAAAGCAGAAACAGAUUAUUUCUCUCUGUCUUUAUUAUGCAGUAAACUGGCUACGGGAACUGCUUAAUGCCUUCUGCACACAAGUAGCUGGAAGAUUUGAAUUUACAAGUCAGUCGACAAAAGAGGACAUAACAUUGAAGCUGUUAAAGCGAUUGAGGAACCUAGUAUUUCUGGAAAGCUUGUUAAAUCAUUCCAUCAGAAUGUGUCCUGUAGUACUACCUCAGCUCCAUCUUCAAGUAGAGCAUUGCGGAUCGACGCUCAUAAACCAACCAAACCAUGUGGGGAAUAUGGAAAAGAAGAAUGAGCCUAAGAUGACACAUGAAUGCACAUCCCCAAACAAAAGGAAGCAUAAAAAGAUUGCGAAGACCUCAACGCCAGGUACAGAUGGAAAACUUCACCAGCCAACAUUGAUGGACGUGUUGAGGAAAGCAGGAGUAGAGACAAGCCAAGAGAUGACAAAUGAAGUUUCUUCAAAGGAGAGGACCUCAGCAUCAGUAGAUCGGCAAUCCCAUGUCUUUAAUGAAUCAGUGCUUAUAGAAGUUUCUCCACCUGCACAAGCUCUGGAAUCACAGAAAUUUAGGUUCAGGCCUCUUUUAUUGGAAUGCUUCUCCAUUUUGACCUUUUCAAAGAACCAUGACUCCUGCUGCUCUGACCCUGUGGCUGAGUUACCCUUAUACCUGUACCUCAUUCAUGAUCUUCACUGCAAGUUGGAUUACUUUGCUGCCCCGGGGAAACAAUGCUCCUCGAGAAGCUUGAGUUCUGUUGCUUUUACCAGGAUGACGUUGGAUGAAUUUCUUAGCAAAAUUAGACCACUCUUUCCAAGUCUUAAGAGAAAUUUAGAUAUUGCAUUCUGUAGUCUUAAAGAAGGUAAUGAAACUUGUCAAGAACACUGGAACAUUCAAUCUGCUGCUGCUCACAACCCAGAUAUAAUCAACCUUGUCCCAUCAAAAUCUUCAAUUUCUACUAUGGUGUAUAAGGAAGUACUUCAUAGUUUCAGUAAGUUUUUCCUUGAGCAGAUGCUAAACCUUCCUGAAGUACAAAGGAAUAAAUCAGUUCUUUCAGAUCUCCUUGAAGCCUUUCAGCCCAAUGAAACAUUAGAUGCUGGUGCUUCAGAUGUACAGCCUUGUCCUUCACCUGGUACAAUAGAGUAUUCAUAUCUUGGGGCUUGUUCAUUUGUGGAAAGUAUCCUCCAUGCAGCAUGUUCUUUCUCCUUUAUUCUGGCAUCAGAGGCUCUUUUCACUCUGGAAUCAGCUGUUACAUCAGUUUUAAAUGUCGUUGAUAAGUUGGAGGGAGAUGAUGUAAACAUACAGUCAAGGUUUAACCAGAUCCUUCCUUUCUUGCGUGGCAAACUUGGAUCGUCUGCUCAGAAACUUCUAAAGCAUAAGUGGGAUGACGAAAAUCUUGAGAAUGGCUGGAAGAACAAAGGAGAAAUAGUACAAAAGAUACUGCGGAUCCACUUGGAAUAUACUGAAUCAACUGCUGAUUUGCUAGAUGAGCUUGCGUGCACAAUUUUGCCACAGGUUUCUUGUACAACAAUGGCAGAAGAUGAGGAUUAUGGUUACCCAACUCUAUGUUCUGCAACAUUUCUCUCCUGGUACCAUGUACUGUUUGAAGUGAACCUCACAGUUCUUGACAAAUUGGUUAAGGAGGUUGUUCACUUGGAGAAGUGCCGACCUGGUUUUCAACCCGAAAAUGUUCACACACAUUUGAUCAAGAUGCAAAAGAACGUGAAUGUGGUUGUUGCACUAGUUAACAUGUGCAGAACCUAUGACAAGGUCACCCUGCAUGCCAUGGCUGUCAAGUAUGGUGGGAAAUUCAUCGAUUCCUUCCUUAAAGCUUUUGACUUCUUGCAGGUUCACUUCCAAAUGCAUAAUGAAGUCAUAAUUCUACUGGUGAAAGAACUUCAAAAGGCUACAAGAACAAUUCAGACUCUAUGUUCUGAAGCAAAGGGCUUGAAGCAAACAGCCAUCACUGGCAAAAUACCUGCUACCAAAAGAUCUUUGGAACGCUUUUUGUUUCGUGUCAAGGCUCUUCUCCAUACAACAUCUAGUGGAUGCACUUUCUGGAUGGGUAAUCUAAAACACAAGGAUCUCAGAGGUCAGGUGGUGAGUUCCCAGGCAUAUGUAGAUGAUCGAAACGACAGCAUUGAUCAAGAUCCUGAGGAUGUGGAUCCACCAGUCAUUGUUGCCACUGCUAGUGGAAACAGUGAAACAGACUGAAGAGGUCCGCAUAUAUUGAAAACUUCAGACUUUUAAAUGAGUGCCAAAUGAAAACAUGCAUGCUGCUGUUGUUGCAUAUGAAGCAUCCUCUAGAAAUAAGAACAAAGGCAGAAGCAGGCAUCAACAAAGGGCUAUGCAUUCAGCGUCUUCACUGUCUGUCACUGGCUUCAUUACUUGGAAUGAACGAGGGGUGUGGGAUCCCUAUGAAAUUUGAGGUUUGGCAGGUUAUAGCAAUCUGUUGCUAUCUCAACCUUCUUCCAAAGGUAACAUAUUGGAAAAUAUCCAGAUGAACAUAGAACCUUGUUCAUUUGUUAAUAUGGACAUAGUGUAUUACUUGGAUAUGGUGUUAAAUUGGUAACAGUUUGCUGUAUUUGAAGAUGUCAGUGCUAGUUCAAGAUUCUGUAUUGGCAGCAAUAGCUAUUCAGUCAAAUGUUAAUUUUUGCUAAAUAUUGAUAAAAUUUAAUAUGUAUUUAACACCAAGCUAAUAUCUUGAAGUAGUAUAUGUGAUUUUGAAUUGAACUAAUGGAUCGAAUAGAGAAUGGGACUCUCAUUGGUUCAAUAGCCGAUGCGGUUAUUAAAACAUUGGCUGCAGCUAUGUAAACGAAAGGGAGUUUCUGGAUAA